AUGUCUGCUGAGGAGAAAAAUGGCAAGAUUAUUGAUAAAGGGCGAGAUACCGUGCUUAAGUUGCCUUUUUCGUUUGAGGUAGCACAAGCUCUAGAUUCUUAUCCACUUGUUAUUACCAUAUUGCAGACUCUUCAAGCUGCCGAUCUUCAGCACUUAUCUUCAUCCACGAUCGACAAUUCUUCAAUAAGUAAAGCCUUGGAUAGUGAAGCAGAUAGUGGAAGUAUCAGCAAAGUUAUUUUCAAAGUUAGUGAACAAAUUGGAGCUGGUUUGUCGACAAUUUCCACUUCGUACUUCUUUGUCAAGGUCCAGAAGAGACUAGCUGAUAAAGACCAGAGAUUGGCUAUUAUCUACAAAAUCAAGAAGAACUACUAUGGAAUAGCCUAUUUGGCCGAGGGUAUUAACUUUAAAGAUAUUGCUGUAGAAUCGAAUCAAAGAAUAGCCUCUUUUGGAACAAAAGAGAUUAUAGUUGAUUACAUGUCUUUAGAUGAAGAUCUUCAUUUGCAAGGUAGCGACGACAUGGAAAUUGACCAGAUGUUGGAGAAUUUCUCCAUGGAUCCUCCGAUGAAUAAUAAUCUUUCUGAAACUAAGCUGGAUGCAACCAACUCUGCGAAUGAUGCCAAUAUUCUUGUGUCUCCUUCUUCUAUUGAAGAUCCAGUCAUUUUUCUCAAAUCCAGAUACUACAACACGCUUUAUUCACUUACGACACCACUAAGCUAUAUUCCCAAAACUGCAAUAGCGAGGUUUCGAAAUUUAUGUUCAAAUGAUAAUAGGAAGAUCUCUGAUCUAUUGGCAGGGUUGUGCCUUUCAGUACAUCAAAUGGAUGCAAGACACCACGGCAAACAUGGUGUCCUCCAAUUGAUCAGCUCAGAAAAUGUAGAUACUAAUCUUCAAAUAAGUAAAUUAGAAAUUCAGAACCAACAGGAUUUCAUUUCGAGACACGAAAAGAUAAUUCAAGAUAUUCUCAAAACUGAAAAGCCAUCUUCGAACCAUCCGAUAGUAACGGAUGCUGCCGGCAAGGUAACGCAAGAGUCAAGCGAGAAAAAGUUUCAGAGAAUAGUUCUAGAACUAAAGAUGAGGGAAGCACAAUUGCAGACGAUUCUAUUAUUCGAGCUACUUCAUUCUUGGGAUAUUGACGAGAGCAACUUCUUGGAAUCAAAUGCGAAGAAAUUAGAAAAAGAAGAGAAGAAAAGAGCAAAAGAGUCCAAUGUUCCACUUGUUCGGAAAAAGAAAUCAAAGUCUACAAGAAAAAUUGUACCAACAUUCUUAGGAAUGGGAGUAGACGUAAAUGAAAAUAGCACUACGUUCCCAACUGCAUUGAUCGAUCAACUAACAGUCUACAAGAACCUAAAUGCUAUUGUAGAUCGAAUGGGACUAUGGGACAUGCUACUUGGAAGUUCAGAGAAGAAAGACAAUGAAAACUCUAUUGGAUUCAUUGCCUACGUGUUGGUGCCAUACUACAAUAAGAAGCUUCCACUGAUUGUAAAGUAUGUGGUUGACAGAGUCAAAGAUCUGAAUUUGAAAAUGAAGGUCAACAAAGCAGAAAGAAAGUUGACGAGUAGAAAGGACUCACCAGAACUUCCUUCAAAUACUCCUAAUGAAACCACACAUACUCCGAUCGAAGAACAGAAGAAAAAGUCUUCCAAAUACAAGAAAGUGGUAUUGACCAGAAAAGUUCCGAAACUAGAGAAGUCUUUAACAUCAGGAUUAGAGGAUGAAUACAAUCUCAAGCCUGCAUUAUCAUUGAAAAGAUCAUCUUCAAACCUCUCCUAUAAGAACCUUAAGAAGAGGUUAGUCGAUUUGAACGAUAGCACAGUAGAAAAGAAUUCUUCCAAUUCCAAGGCAAAUAGACUGAAUAGUCUAUCAGAGAAAUCAAGUCAACAAACUCAGUCAUUUAUAUUUGGAAAUGCCAAAAAAACACGUCUCAAAUCAACAGUUCCUCAGCGUAAUCACUCGCUGGCUCAGAUUCUUGCAACUCCAAUGAAAAACAAAAGUGCCCCAAUUAUUCCGAUAGCAUACACGGAUUUGAAAAGGGCUCUGAUUACAGAUUCUCACUCUCAAGUAGAAGCUACACCCAACAAUGCUGUUCGAGUAAUUGACAUGUCUGACGUGAUCAAUACUCCUGAAGAUCAUUUUGUCAAUCUUAAGCACAACGUAUUUACGCAGCCAAAGUCACAUUCUGUUUCAGAUAAGCUAAUGAGCGUAUCACUUGCUGUAGAUAAUGGUAGCCAUAUAACGUCAAGUCCAGUAAAAUCUCCCGGAUUUCAAAGUAAUGUCAAUAUCACUACAGAUCCAAUUCAGGUCGAAAGUACUCCUAUUGCUUCCGUAAGAAGAAAUAAUAUCAUCAAUUCAGCUAAUAGUUCAAAGUCAAAGAAAAAGAGUAAACCAGGUGAACCGGUGUCGGCUAUGGAAUCACCAUUUUAUAGAGCUAGAUGGAAUGGCUCACCAAGCCAACCGGAUAGAAACCACUUAAUGGAACAGGUAAUUUCUGAUGACGAAUUGCCUUCUGAACAAGCAUUUACGUUUUCGGGACCGUCGUCCAAAACGUAUACAGACCAGUCCGACAAUGAACUGGAUAU